UUCUCUGACGUGGGCUGUAAGGGUAGGGGAUUACUAUGGCUCGCACAAAGCAGACGGCGCGUAAGUCGACGGGCGGGAAGGCGCCCCGCAAGCAGCUGGCCACCAAGGCUGCCCGCAAGAGCGCGCCGGCCACGGGCGGCGUCAAGAAGCCGCACCGCUACCGGCCCGGCACGGUGGCGCUGCGCGAGAUCCGGCGCUACCAGAAGUCGACGGAGCUGCUGAUCCGCAAGCUGCCCUUCCAGCGCCUGGUGCGCGAGAUCGCGCAGGACUUCAAGACCGACCUGCGCUUCCAGAGCUCGGCCGUCAUGGCGCUGCAGGAGGCCAGCGAGGCCUACCUGGUGGGGCUCUUCGAGGACACCAACCUGUGUGCCAUCCACGCCAAGCGCGUCACCAUCAUGCCCAAGGACAUCCAGCUGGCCCGGCGCAUCCGCGGCGAGCGUGCUUAAGUGUCCUGCCCUUCUAACUUUAAACUGAAAGGCUCUUUUAAGAGCCACCACAACAUCACCGAAGAGAGCUGUUGUCCCUGUUACGGGGCGGGUACGGGCAGCCUGUGCCAAGCACUUUCCAGUGCCCAAGGCAGUGUCAGUUCUGAGGAUAAGUGGAGGCAGUGCAGGCUUUCCAGUAUCCAGUCCUGCUAUCCUCUUGAGGGUCCACCGUCUAAAGCUGCCGGUGCUGGGAGGGUGUAAGGGGCAGUGCGUAAAUGUAAGUGAGAGCGGUACCUAGAGAACAGGCAGCCUUUGGAAGCGGGGUGGGCGGGAGGACUUGAGAGUACAGGGCUCGCGGCAAAGGCUGCGCAUUUCCCCGGACGCAAAUGGGUGCCCUUCGCUGUUUCUUCUUCCCGCUCUGUCCCGCCCACCGAAUGGCAAAGAGGGGAGCGCCAUUUCAGGAGCUUCCCUCCCCUUCCAGGCUGUCGCGGUAAAAUGGGUGCCGCCAGAGAGGCUACGGCAACCGCCGUUACCCCCGACCUACCCCGCCCGCCCGCUCGCCUUCUAUUUUCUCGCUCGUGGGUUCCUUCCUGGCCCUUUAGAAAACGGGUCUGGGUUGAGCGGGUGAUGAAUGGGGAAAUAAGGAACGCGGGAGGAGCGGGGUAAGCAGCUGCAGGCUUCGCAGAAGCCUGGAAAAAACGAAAUCCCUCCCCACUUCCCUCCAAC